AUGGACAGCCAUCGUCGAUACAAGACACUAACCACACUUCAACUGUGCAGAAAUAAAAUGGGUCUACAAGGAGCAAUACAUCUUGCUAAUACUCUCAAAGACAACAAAACGAUCACUACACUUGAUAUUGGACUCAAUGAAAUCGGUGAUCAAGGAGCAUAUUAUCUUGCCGAUGCUUUACGGCAAAAUCAAGCACUCAUCAAACUCAAUCUCCAACUCAAUCAAAUCGGUGCACAAGGAGCAGAAUAUCUUGCCAAUAGUUUGCAACAAAAUCAAACAUUGACUAACCUGAAUCUCCAUUACAAUCAAAUUGAUGAUGAAGGAGUAAAAUAUCUUGCCAAUGCUUUGCAACAAAAUAAAACACUCACUACAUUGAAUCUUAUACACAAUCAAAUUGGUGAACAAGGUGCAUAUCAUCUUGCCAAUGCUCUACAAAUAAAUCAGACACUUACUACACUUUAUAUCGCAGAAAAUCAAAUCGGUGAUCAAGGAGCACAACAUCUCGCUAAUGCUCUGGAAAGAAAUCAAACACUCAUCAUACUUUACGUCGCAAAAAAUCAAAUCAGUGAUCAAGGAGCACAAUAUUUUGCUAAUGCUCUACAAAAAAAUCAAACACUUACUAGAUUAAAUCUCAAAGCAAAUCAAAUCAGUGAUCAAGGAGCAUGCCAUCUUGCAAAUGCCCUUUUACAAAACAAAACACUUACCAGAUUAAAUCUCAAAUGGAAUCAAAUUGGUGAUCAAGGAGCAUGUCAUCUUGCAACUGCUCUUCAUCAAAAUAAAACACUUUCCUUUCUGGACAUUCGAUGCAAUAAUAUGAGUGAUGAUGGAAAAGAUUAUCUUUUGGAAAUACGAGAAGAUUAUCCAAGAAUAAAACUGAUUUUAUAA